AAGGCAGACGACGAUGACAGUGCGGAAGUGUCAUGGCGCAGCCUGUCUUGCAGUGUCAGAAACAGCUCUAGCAACAAAAACAACUUGUAAUGACUCUUUUCUCACAAGUUUGGAGUCAGUAUCCAUUUAGGGCUUCAGAGGAAUCAUAACUUUAGGAUGGCAGAUUCAGGCUCAGGUGACCCCAGUGCUCAACGUGUGCCGGCCCCUGGAGGGAGCAGUGCGGGGAUGCUGAUGGGCCGUCGACCAUCGUCCGCCAUCUCUCCAGGCCGUCUCCCGUCAAUGCGAUCUAGAGACCUCACCCUGGGGGGAGUGAAGAAGAAAACCUUUACACCCAACAUCAUUGGGCGAAAAGCCAAAGAGGAAACAAAAGUUGACAGCGGGCAGAGGAGAGACAGGAGGGAUGGAGAUCGAGGUCGAGGUCCGAGAGAUAGAGGCAGGGGCCGAGGUCGCCCAGAGGUCAUCCAGUCCCACUCUAUCUUUGAACAGGGGCCCGCGGAGAUGAUGAUGAAAAAAAGAACUGGCUAUGAAAAUGAAAGAGAUGCUCCGAGCGUGGGACCCUCACCCAUCAUCAAUAUUAAAAAGGAGAAGCGAGAGACGGAGGAAGAGACCAAAGAGAUUCUGCGCAGUCUGGAGAGAGACAAUUUUAUAGACGAUCCCUUCCUGAGGAGUGAGCAGAGGAGCUGCCCUGUCCAGCUCCCCCUCGCUGUAUCAGGAUGGGGGUUCAAGGAGGAAUUUACUACUGCUGCUGUUAAAAUAGAAAAAGUGGAGGAUGGUGAACCCAUGGAAUCCACAGUUGAAGUGAAACAGGAGCCAGAGGAAACCGAAAUAAAGCAGUCGGAGGUAGCCUUCAAGCCUCCUCCUCUCCCUGAGCCCGAGGUUCUGCCCGACCUGCUGCAUAAAUGGAGUCUGAGCAAAGGGGAGGAGCUGUUCUUCAUGCAGCUGCCCGACUCGCUGCCCGGCCAGCCCCCCACCCAAGAGCACCGGCCGGUGAAAACAGAGGUGCAGUCAGAGGACGGACAGUCUGUGCUGCUGAAAACAGAGUCUCAGCAGGAGGAAGAAGCUGAAGACAACUGCUGCAAUCUGAAAGACCUGCGGGAGGGUCUUGUAGGAAAGAUGCUGGUGAGGAAGUCUGGCAAGGUACAGCUCAUACUGGGACAUGUGACGCUAGAUGUGUCUCUAGGAACCUCGUGCUCUUUCCUACAGGAGCUGGUCUCUAUUGGUACGGAGGGAAGAACGGGAGACUUAUCUGUAUUGGGAAACGUCAAACACAAAAUGGUUUGCUCCCCAGACUUCGAGGCUCUGCUGGAGAGCAGUGCUUGAUGACGUGUGAAUGCACUUGCGGGUGUGUCAUGAUGUUUACUAUGGACUGACCCUGUACCCUGGAAGCUGACAUCCCAUACAAGCACGAUGGCCGUUGAUGGCGCUUUUGUGUUCACGGAGUGGCUACAAUAACAUUGAAAUACACUAUCUAUAAAUAUGAAUUUAUUUUCUUCUUGUGGAAUAGGCAUAUUACUUCAGACGUUCAAAGGUUGAAUGGUGUGCCAAAUUUCAGUACUGUUGAAAUUACUUGACAAGACUGUACAUGGAUGUAAAUGUGUGAAUAAAAAAAAGUUUUUGUUA